AUGACUCCGUGGCCAAAAUUGGUCUUCUUACUAGCAGUCCUUCGAGGUGUCCAGUCACAGGCCCAGUUGGUGGAGUCUGGAGGGGAUGUGAGAAGACCUGGAGGGUCCCUCAGUCUCUCCUGCAAAGCCUCUGGAUUCACCUUCAGCAGCUAUAACAUGGGCUGGGUGAGACAGGCUCCAGGGAAAGGACUGGAAUGGGUUGCACGCAUGGGUACAUCUAGCAAUUACUACUCAGACAAAGUGAAGGGACGCUUCACCAUCUCCAGGGACAAUGCCAAAAGCCAGCUGUACUUGCAAAUGAACAAUCUAAAAGCUGAAGACACGGCAGUCUAUUACUGCUGGGACACAGAAGCUAUAAUCCUCCCUGUGAAGCAAGCAGAAAUGCUUCUGUGGCUAAACUUGGUGUCCUUACUAGCAGUCCUCCACGGUGUCCAAUCUGAGGUCCAGUUGGUGGAGUCUGGAGGGGAUGUGAGAAGCCCUGGAGGGUCCCUCCGUCUCUCCUGCCAAGCCUCUGGAUUCACCUUCAGCAGCUAUUACAUGGACUGGGUGAGACAGGCUCCAGGGAAAGGACUGGAAUGGGUGGCAGAGAUAGGUACAUCCUCAUCUCCGAUUAACUACUUGGACAAAGUCAAGGGACGUUUCACUAUCUCCAGGGACGAUUCCCGCAGCCAGCUGUAUUUGCAAAUGGACAGUCUGAAACUGGAAGACACGGCAGUUUAUUACUGUGCUAGAGACACAGUGAGAGGAAGUGAAUCUGACGCCAAGCAAGAACCUUCUCAUCAGAGCAGCUGUUCAAAUUGA